AUGUUAGGAAAUAUAUUACCUACUUUGUUUGUUUUAUUUACACAACUUGUAUCUAUUAUUUUAGCCAAAAAUGCAAACACCAAUUCAACGUCAUAUAUAUCCAUUAGAACUAAAGAUAAGAUAAAUUAUAGAUUAUCAUCAACUUUAGAUUUGUUAAAUCAUGCUACUUUAGAUCAACCAGUAAUAGUCUUUGAGUUUGAAAAAUUUAAAAUUAUUGAUUCUCUGAUCAAUAACAAUAACCAGGAUGAAACAAAUGUGCAAUUUUUAGAUCAAUUCUUUGAAAAUCAUAUAACUAACAUUUUAAAUAAUGAAUCAAAUUUAGAGAGACCAUCUUUUGAUGCUCAGUUGGCGUUGUUUGAUAUUAAAGAUAUCGCACAAAGUGGAUCUAGUAUUUUAUAUGAUUAUCCUGUUGAGGAUUAUAGUAUCUUUUGGUUUAAAUUUCAAAAGAAAAAUUAUGAGAUUUCUAAAAUCAAUGAUUUCAUUGAAAGUGCAUACAUUUUCUUAGAGGAAUAUUUAAACAUUAAUAUUGAUAUUUUGAUUAAUACAAAGGAUAUCGUAUCCUUAGAAGAGUUAGAUACAGCUAUUACCAAAAACAAAGAAAACAAUUAUUAUGAGGAUAGUGAUAGUGAUAAUAACAUGAAUGAUAAGACAAAACAAAAAGAGGAAAACCAAGAUAACACACAGAAUGAUGAUGGUUUAAGUAAAAUAUGGACUGAAGGGUUAAUCAUGUGUUUAAUUGUUUCGUUCCUUCUAUUAGGUAUCCUAAUAGUUGCCUUAUCCUGGAUUAUGAGUAUUGAAAUCAGUUAUACAGCUUUAGAAAAGCCAACUAAUCCAAUAAAAAAGACACAAUAA